CCUUCGUCGGGGAACCGCUCUCGUCCCUCGUCGCAGCGUGCACACGCAGCCCAUCUCAAUCCGCUGAAACGGCCCUUGGGCCUCAAUUCCUCGAGCCCCCCGCCGGCUGCUCUCGCUCGAGCCACAGAUCGCGGGGCUGCACCUGUUGCUCUGCAUCCUCUCCAUUUGCUCCCACCCGUCUGCCAGGGCCCGCACAGGUGUGACAGCCUCUGCCCCCCCGGCGCCAGACGUGCCUCGAGCUCUGUCCCCGAAUGAUCAACCCAGGCUCGACGAGCACGUUCCCCGGCCCUUGAUAGCCCGCCGCCAUGUGGGUGGACGUUGAAGGACUCAGGAAGAAGGUCGCCUGCGGCCCAUGCAUUCGUGGCCACAGGUCUUCAAAAUGUGACCACAAGGAUCGCGUGCUACAAGAGGUCCGCAAACCCGGCCGACCUCUAAGUAGCUGUCCGCAUCCCGCUGGGACAUGUAGUUGUGGUCCAAUCUCCAUCACCUACACCCUUCCAAAGACAUCCUCGUGUCUCUGUCCAUCCGAUAGCCCUGCUGCGGCAACCCCAACCUCAACUCCAGCACCUUCGAGCAAUGGCAAUCGUGUGCAGAAGGCUCGAAGCCGGAAAUCUACCAGCGUCAUUUCCCCGGCGAUGCUCGAGAAGGCCAUGAAUGCGAGUGGCCAAGGAGGUGUCAUAGCCUCUCCCGAAGCAGCUGGGCCUCCAGUCAAUGCUUCUUUCCAGGACUCAGAGCCAACUUCAAGCACUGGUGGUUCACCGGCCUCUAGUACCAGCUCAACUCCACGCUUGGGGCCCAUAUCACCUCGCCACCCAAGCCAAUCUGAUACAAGUUUCUUCCCAGCCGAAUAUCGAGCCGUGGCAGCAAAACCGGCCAACGUUUCUUCGUGCUGCCAGCCAAAACAAACCAUCAAAGAAGUAGAUUCCCCGUCCGAGCCACAAAAAGGAUCAUGCUGUAGUAGCAAAAGUCAGGAGCCGAAGAAUGAGGUGGCUGUGAAGAAGUCAUGCUGCUCCGGACCGAAGUCUGACGCUCAAACAGAGCAACUAUCAAUGACGGAAAAUCGAAAACUCUCGCAACAGAACGCACCAUCCUAUCAUCAGUUUCAGUUUCCCAUGAAUGGUCACUUCCCAUCUGGAAUGCCUUCACAGGUGCCCGGAUAUGGUUCCGUGGGCCCAGGCGCGUUAUCACAUAUGGUUAUGCCAACACAGGUUGGGCACUCCCCUGGGAACUUUGGAAUGCCGCCUGGAUAUGGUUUCAUCGGGCCUAUGUAUGGAAGUCCUGCAGUGUAUCAGCCUCCAACACCCCUAGCCACACAAAACGGUCAUAGUACUCCGAACGGCACUGGCCAAAGCGAUAUGGAGCAUAAUUGUCGUUGUGGCGAUGGCUGUAACUGCUUUGGAUGUGCUGCACAUCCACAGAACGCAGCAACCACCGCUUAUCUUCUCGACAUGGACAACUUCAUGAGAAAUGGAGGCUCUGGUUCUUUGUACGCGCUUCCCGCUUACCCACACCAGCCGUUGCCAGUGUCACAGCAGCAUUACGGCUUCGCAUAUUAUGCCCCUGCUCAAGGUAUGAACAUGUCUAGACCACAUCAGACUAUGCCCUUCCAAUACAACCCGAAUCAAGUCUCGGAAAGUUACCUUCAAGGACCAGAUCAUACUUGGCCGCAGAGUGGUCUAAGAAUGCCGGUUCACUCAACAGUACCGACCGAGUUCGAGCAAUUCAACGUCAAUGGCUCGAGGGACGACCAAAGCCAAACCCCAAGACCCAGCACCGCCAAAGGAGACAACACCAGCAACAGCCCAGCAUACCAAGACAGUCCUGGAGACCAAGACAACGAGCCCACACUCUCACCGUCCACCUUCUUCCUCCAGACUCUCGUUCUCCCAGGCUGCAACGAUGUCACUGGCACAUGCCAGUGCGGGGACGGCUGUAACUGCGUUGGCUGCCUCACUCACGGUGGCCACGACGGCAUCCCCCUCGUGCCUCCCAGCAAUCUUGCAUCGCCGGACUUCGACGCCUUUAUAGCCAACACAAAUGGGAUUGCUGGCCUGGCUGACCAAGAAUCUUUCUUCGCUUCACCGUUCACGGAGGCGCCUUCAUGAGCACUCGGCUCAGCGCUCCUUCCACGUUCUCCACUACACUCCUCACUCUUGUACUUCAUGACUGCAUUGCAUGAUACCCCGGGAUCACGCAGGAGGCGAGGC